AUGGCGGAUGACGGUGUUGCUAACGGCGGCGUCGAUGAUCAGUACGGUGAAGAAUCGGUGACGAAGAUCGCCGUGUUGCAACGCGAGCGCGAAGAAUUGAUGAGUGAGAACGCCGCGAGGAAGGAGGAGAUCAAGAAGCUGACGGCGGAGCUCGACGGAUUGAGGAGCGACAACGCGGUGACUAACGAGAAGAUCGAAGAAAUGCAGCGAGAGGUGGUGCAGUCUCGCGAGGCGGCGAAGGCGGUGGAGGUAAUCGCGGCGAGGGCGGCGGACCUGGAGACGGAGUUGGCGAGGCUACAGCAUGAUAUGAUAUCGGAGAUGAGUGCGGCGGAGGACGCUAGGGCGGAUGCUACUGAAUUGAGGAAGGUUUUAGGAGAGAAGGAGUCUAGGCUUGACUCUCUGGAGAAGGAAUUGGAAAUAUUGAAGAAGGUGAAGGCAGAGAGUGAGGUUAGGGUUAGGGACUUGGAGAGGAAAAUUGGAGUUCUGGAAACCAAGGAAAUUGAGGAAAGGAACAAGAGGAUUAGGUUUGAGGAGGAGAUCAGAGAUAAGAUUGAUGAAAAGGAGAAGGAGAUUAACGGUUUCAAACAGAAGUGUGAGGAGUUGGAGAAGGUUACUGCUGAGAAGAAAUCUGAGUUGGAGGAGUCGGUUAAGCAGAAAUUGAGGUUGGAGGUGGCACUUAGAGAAUCUGAGGAGAAAGCAACAGAUUUGGAAUCAAGUAUUCUCCAAUUGCGUGAGGAGGCAAAGGAAGCUAAGAGGGUGAUCAUAUCUCUGAAUGAGAAGGCGACUGAGACUGUUGAGACUAUUGAUAGAGGUGUAAAUGGCAUACAUGAUGAAGGGAAGGGGUUGAAGUUGCAGUGGCCAGUGGUGGCAGCAGGGUCUACAGGAGCUGUUGUUGCGGCUGCUGCUGUACUCUAUGUGUGCUAUGGGAAACGGAGGUGA